AUGUCACACCCAACAACACAGAAGCUCAAGAGAGCUGCGCGCAUCAUCCUCGUCGGGGCUCCCGGGGUCGGAAAAGGCACCCAGAGCGAACGCUUGCUCGCCCGGUUCCCCCAACUGGCUUCAAUUAGCUCGGGAGAUCUGUUGCGCGAGAAUGUGCGACAGAAGACACCCCUCGGCCUUCAAGCCGAGGCCGCCAUGCAGUCCGGCAACCUCGUCCCGGACUCCAUGAUCCUCAACCUGAUCUCCUCCGAAUUGAAGACCAAGGGCUGGCUCCCAGAAACUUCAUCCUCAUCUCCCGGACUAUCCCCCUCCGCCUCAUUCAUCCUCGACGGCUUCCCGCGCACCGCAGCGCAAGCAUCCAGCCUCGACACCCUCGUCCCGGUCAACUUCGUCGUGCACCUCCUCACACCACCGUCCGUGAUCCUCGCGCGCAUCGCAUCGCGCUGGGUGCAUGAGCCCUCAGGCCGAGUGUAUAAUACGGAUUUCCAUGCACCCAAAGUCCCCGGGAAAGACGACGUCACGGGCGAGCCCUUGACGCAGCGCGAGGAUGACUCCAUUGAUACGUGGAAGCAGCGGCUGCGCAAGUUCGAGGAGACGAGCAAGGCGCUGUUGGAACAUUACGAUCGACGUGGGUGUCUCUGGCGCGUUGAGGGUAACUCCAGCGACGAGAUCUCGCCUCAGUUGAUUGCCGAGGUUGAGCGGAGGUUCUGCUAG